UAGUUUUUCCUUUCUCACUACUCUUUGUGGUUUGCAGUAAGGGAGCGUACAGGACUGGGUUCUUCUUCUUCUGCUGCUGUUCAGUUCUUAGUGUGUCCAUCCAUCAGUGGAUUCAGGAUUUGAGCAAACAUGUGGCGUCCACAGAAAGAGCAGGUGCACCCUGCUCCGGGGUCUGACUGCUGAGCAAUGCUUGGCAAAACUCAGCCAACGCCCAGUAAGCUUAACUUGGUAAAUUCGGACGCGUGUGACUCAUCGGACGAAUACGACAAAAUCACCAUGGCUGACCUGGUGGAGAGCCUGGAUGCCAGAGAGCUGGACCUUGAGGAGGGAGACGACUUGGACUACGAUGGGAACUACUUGGGCGACUGUCGGAUCCCCUUUUCUGCGGUGUACGCCACCGUGGGCUUCAGGGAGAACAGCGCUAAAGUCUACCUGCCCACCGUUCCCGUCACUGCUCGCAUCUUGGAGGUUGAGCGGUUUGCUGCAGCACAGGAGCGCUUUAACUUAUCACACCACAGGAGUGUGAAUAAGUCUCUGCCAGCAGUGUUUCGCAUUGAAAUGAAGCAUGGAGAGUUCACCUGGGUGAUAAAGAGGAAGGAGAAGCAUUUCCUGGAGCUGCACCGAGAGCUGAGGACCUACAAGACCCUCAUGAGGAUACCGCUGCCGUCACGCAGCCACACGGUAAGGAGGAAAACGGUGAAGAAAAGUGAGGUGAGGGAGAUGCCGACUUUGCCCCGGGGCGGAGGAGACGAGCUGGCCCGAGACGAGCAGGUUUCCAGCAGGAGGAGACAGUUGGAGGAUUACCUGAACGGCCUUCUCAAGAUGGCUUUGUACCGCAAACUCCACUACACUAUGGAGUUCAUUGACGUCAGUCAGCUGUCGUUCAUUCAUGAUUUGGGGCCCAAAGGACUGGAGGGGAUGAUCUACAAGCGCUCAGGCGGACACCGCAUCCCCGGCUUGAACUGCUGCGGUCAGAACCGAGCCUGCUACCGGUGGUCCAAACGCUGGCUCAUCGUGAAGGACUCCUUCCUGCUGUACAUGAAACCAGACUCUGGAGCGAUUUCCUUCGUUCUGCUGGUGGAUAAAGAGUUCAGCAUCAAGAUGGACUCUAAGGACACAGAGACCCAACACGGAGUCCGCAUCGAUAGCCUCUCCAGGACUCUUGUGUUCAAGUGCAUCAGCUACAGACACGCUCGCUGGUGGGGUCAGAGCAUCGAGAGCUUCGUGAGGAGCCACGGGAAAGCCUUCCUCAGAGAUCACCGCUUUGGGUCGUUUGCACAAGAACAGGAAAACAUCCCUGCCAAAUGGUAUGUGAAUGGAAAGACUUACAUGGAGGAUGUGGCUGACGCUUUGGAAGAAGCUUCAGAGGAAAUCUUCAUCACUGACUGGUGGCUGAGCCCAGAGAUUUUCCUGAAAAGACCUGUGGUGGAGGGCAACAGAUGGCGGCUUGAUUUUAUCCUCAAACGCAAAGCACAACAAGGAGUCCGAAUCUUUGUGAUGCUGUAUAAGGAGGUGGAGCUCGCCUUGGGCAUCAAUUCUGGCUACAGCAAAAGGACACUCAUGCAUCUACACCCCAACAUCAAGGUGAUGCGCCAUCCAGACCACGUCUCCUCCUCCGUCUAUCUGUGGGCACACCACGAGAAAAUCGUGGUCAUCGACCAAUCAGUGGCCUUUGUGGGUGGGAUCGACCUGGCGUACGGUCGCUGGGACGACGGAGAGCAUCGGUUGACGGAUGUCGGCAGCGUGACACGCUCUGUUGCCUUGGAGCAGGGACUGCUCCCCCCCGAUGGAGUCUCUCAGACUAACGGUCAAGGCAAGCCGCCUGCAGAUCCCACAGACCCGCCGAAGCUGAAGGGAGUCGGACGCAACCGGAUCGCCCGCUUCAGCCUGUACAGACACCUGCAGAAGCACACUCUGCAGCACGUGGACAGUGUCAGCAGUGUCGACAGUGCAGGGAGUGCUUCUGUGGGAAGCCUUAAAACUGGUGUUGGAGAGCUGCAGGGCAACACCCGAUUCUGGCACGGAAAAGACUACUGCAACUUCGUCUACAAGGACUGGAUCCAGCUGGAGAAACCUUUUGAUGACUUUAUCGACAGGUACACCACUCCCAGAAUGCCUUGGCAUGACAUCGCCUCCGUGGUUCACGGCCGAGCUGCUCGGGAUGUGGCCAGGCAUUUUAUCCAGCGCUGGAAUUUCACCAAGAUUAUGAAGCCAAAGUACCGCUCUCUGUCUUACCCGUUCCUGCUGCCCAAAUCUCACUCCACCGCCAAUGAGCACAAAUACCAGGUCCCGGGGAGUGUGAACGCCAAAGUGCAGGUGUUGCGGUCAGCUGCGGACUGGUCAGCAGGUAUAAAGUACCACGAGGAGUCCAUCCAUAACGCCUACAUCCAGGUCAUCGCCAAGAGCAAACACUACAUCUACAUCGAGAAUCAAUUUUUCAUCAGCUGUGCCGACAACAAAACGGUUUAUAACAAGAUUGGAGACGCCAUCAUUGAGAGGAUCAUCAGAGCGCACAAGGAGGGUAAGAAGUACCGAGUGUACGUGGUGACGCCGCUCCUCCCCGGCUUUGAAGGAGACAUCACCACGGGAGGAGGGAACGCCAUCCAGGCUGUCAUGCACUUCAACUACAGAACCAUGAUCAGAGGAGAACAUUCCAUCAUCUCCCAGCUAAAAAAAGAGAUGGAAGAUCAGUGGAUGAACUACAUCUCCUUCGCUGGACUGCGGACUCACGCUGAGCUGGAAGGACGCCUGGUCACAGAGCUCAUCUACGUCCACAGCAAGAUGCUCAUCGCUGACGACAACACCGUCAUCAUUGGUUCUGCAAACAUCAACGACAGAAGCAUGCUGGGUAAGCGUGACAGUGAGGUGGCGGUGGUUGUGGAAGACUCUGAAAUGGUGCCGUCUGUGAUGGACGGACAGGAGUAUGAAGCCGGAGCGUACGCGCUCAAACUGCGUCUGGAAUGUUUCAGGACCAUCCUGGGAGGCCACACGGACUCCAGCAUCGACCUGGUCGACCCCAUCAGCGAUCGCUUCUACAAGGAGGUGUGGAUGACCACAGCCGGCCGCAACGCCACCAUUUAUGAGAAGGUGUUUCGCUGCCUUCCCACAUCGCUGGUGAGAAACAUGUCGGAGCUGGAGAAGUACCAGACCACGCCUGGGCUGGCCCAAACCGAACACGCCCGCGCUCAGGAGGAGCUGCGCAAAAUCCGAGGUUUCCUGGUGCAGUUUCCUCUGGACUUCCUGUCCGAACACAACCUCAUGCCUUCAGUUGGAACGAAGGAGUCCAUGGUCCCGACCGAGAUCUGGACGUGAGGGCCGUGAAGUCCCGACUACAAACACACACACACACGGAGGAGAGCUUGACUGUCUGGACAGUCCCCGAAUGUUGAUGAAAUCACUUAUGAUUAUCCGUAACCAGACUUCAGACAGUGCUGGACAUUUAAAAAUCGCCCAGCAGAAUCACUACAGUGUAAAAAGUUUUUGCUUGUUAGUUGUUGGGUAUGUGCAAGGCAGCAUCUUUUGUGUUCCCGUUUUGAGGAAACCUGUGGACUUUAGGGAAUCAUUUUCACCUCUGGGUGUUGAAACGUUUCAAACAUGGAAAGAAACGAGCUGUUUGUUUAAGGGACCACGAAUAAGAAGAAGUAGGAAUUUAUCGAAAAAUAAAUAGGAAAUGCUGCUGUCUGUGAUGCUAUCGCUUCGGGUGUUGGUACCGUGAGUGAAGCUUUUGAGAAUGUUUUAAAGCAAAUUCACAAAAGGAUAAGUAAAGUUUAUGAUACAUGAAAUCCCUUUUAGCCAUUAAACCUGAUUAUGACAGGUUUGAAGUCGUAUGCAAUCAAGAUAAACCCACAGACAGUUUAUGGGCCUGUUUUUUUAGCUUUAAAAAGCAGUUCUCAUUUUGGCCACAAGAUGGUGCUACUUCCAUAAAAACAAGAACUGAGUCUCUUCUGUUUGUCUUGAUCUCAAGUGAGCAACUUUUAACUAAAUUAAAUGUACAAAAUAUAUAUAAAAAGACACUAUUUCCAUCUUUAGAGCUUUUAUGAUCUCAUGUAUUUUUGUCAAAUUGAUUUUAGAAUAUUUAACAUUUUUAGUCAGCACAUCUCUGUAAGACUUUUCCUUUUAGCUGCUUCACGUCUUCUAGUUUGUACAUUGGCAUUUAUGGUCGUAUUUCUUUUAGGUUCAUAUUUUUGGACACUUUUAUUUUUUAACACAAAUUCUCCAGAAUGUGAAAAUCAGUUAUUUGGAACCACAUAUUGAAGCCUGUGGCACAGUAACAGACAAACUCAAUCAAAAACAUAGCUUGACGAGGCCCCUCUUCUUUCUUCUUCUUCUUCCCAUGAGAACCCUUGAUCCUGUCUUGACAAAGACACCAUGCAUCCACUUUACGGAAUAUUACCACAUUAUGCGCCUCAAGAAGUUGAGCUCAAUUAUUCCAGGAAACAACUGGACUGGGACCAAAAAUGUUAAGCGAAGGAGUGCCAGAGAUGGACACUUUUAAGGCAUUAUUGUCUGUGAUUUUUAUCAAUGCUGUAUUUUUAUGUGUAUUAUUUAUGAAAUAAAAGGACUUUCCUUAAA